AUGGAGUUUGUCACUGGCUACCGGGCAGAGAUCCUGGACUUUGCCGAGCUGCUCUUUGGCUGGUACCGGUGCUUCCUGCUGGACUCCGCCUGCCGGGGGGGCCACGAGAGGCGCAAGCGACUGGAGGCCUCCAUCCGGCGCCUGCCUCCGGACCCGGCCCUGUGGGUCUUGCACGUGCUGGCCAAUCGGGCCUUGGCCUUCACCAUCUCGGACCCCGGGCAGCAGGUGGGAGGCCGCUUCUACAGCGAGGAGGCGCUGGCGCUGAGGGAUCUGGACCGCUUCAUCACCUUUGUGAGCGCGGGCGAGGAGGACGAGGAGGAGGCGGCCGCGUCAGAGACGGCGCAACCUCUCUGGCGCAUUGACCACCUCCUGCUCCUGACGGAUGAGCAGGGCACCAUCCUGGGCUUCGACUUCUCGCUGGGGGGCCCGUCGGGGGCCUCUGGGCCAGAGCCCCUGGAGGCCCGCGCGGCCGCCCUCCUCUGCCACAGCAUGGCCUGCCCUCUGGGGGCCGGGGAGCCCCGCCGGCCCAAGACGCUCGCCGUGGGAGACCCCGCGUUGCACAACCCACACUGCCAGGCGGUCCUCUACUGCUCCGAACGCUGCCGCAAGCUGGACUGGAACCGCAGCCCAGAGGAUAUCGGGCACCAGUUCUGGUGCCAGCGCAUGGCCGGGUAUAUGAGCCACGUCCAGGAGCUGGCCAACCUGCCUUUCACCUUUACCACAGAGGUGACGAGUGAGAAUUUCAACAAGGAAGGCUUCCUGUCCGCCCGGGGCCUGACCCGAGGUUACUGGGCCGGCGAGAGCAUGCUGGUCAGGGCCCCGGACUACGGCGUGGGGCUGCUGGGCAGGGCCGAGGAGCCCGUGGCCUUCCUGCACAGCGGUAACCCCUUCGAGGCCCUGCGGCCAGAAGGAGGGAUGGCUCUGCCCCCGGCCCCUGCGGAGCCCCCUGCCCCACGGACCUUCUUUGGCUCCUGGAAGGAAUACUACCAGUGGCGGGGGCUGCCCCUGGGGGCCCCCCUGGCCGUCCUCCUGGGCUCCCCUCUGACCACCUACUACAUCAUCACCCAGCUGGCCCCACAGCACUUUCCAGAGCUGAAUAUCCUGAACAAGCAAUCCCUCCGGAUCCAUGUGGUGGAGGCCGGCAAAGAAUUCGGAGUCCUUAUGGUCUUCUGGGAGCUGUCGGUCCUGCUCCCCCAUGUCUCUCUGGAGCUGCUCUUUGUCGGGGACUCCCUGCCCCGCGAACUGGAUGGCCAGCAGUUCCUCCUGCAGAGAGACGGGCGCCGUGAUGUCUGGGGCCCCAGGAGGAGGCCCUCUGGCUGGGGGCCCCCUUUGGGAUCGGUCGGCAGGCGGUGCACCUCUCAACCCUCCCCCUCUCUUUCCCGUCUGCGCCCGCAGUCCCUCCGGGUCCCGGCCUACUUCACCGAAUGCAGCGAAUACAGCUGUGCUGUGGAUGAGGCGGCCGUCUCCAUGGCGACGGGGGGCAGUGCCAGCCCCGCCCACAUGAACCCCUUCCGCUCACCCUUCCGCCAGGCUGGCAUCGACAACGCAAUGCCCUGGUACGCCAACGCCUUCAUCUUCCAUCUGAUCUACAAGGCGGCCCCCGGCAACCAGCGCCAGAUCCCUGCCCCGCCUUCCCCGCCAUUGCCGGCCAAUGGGAACCCGGAGCCGACACGCAGCCGGCGCAAGGAGAAGAGGCAGAUCCGCCCGGGAGGGCGCCGGCGCAAGUGAUGGCUGCAGGGAGGGAGAGGAAAUAAAGGAC